CUCUCCCACUCGGUGCUGCCGAGAGAGAGAGAGAAGAUUCAACGAAGGAUUGAAGGGUGUGUUUGAUCUUUCUUUGUCGUUAUAGUAGACGUCGCAUUCAAGAGCCUCUCUUACCGUUCCUUACUUACAUUACAUGUCUUCUACUCACACACCCAUUUCCCUUCCUUCUUCCCUUCUCUUCUUCACUCUCAUUCCCAAUGUAACCUUCACUUCCUCACCCAUCACACUCACAUUUUGUUCUCUUCUACUCUUCUCCUCAAACCGCCACUAAAAACACAACAAAACGGUACCCGCACUUCACUAAUGGCUCUCGAUUCGUCAACCGCGAAAGAGCAUCAAAUUCGAGAAGGGAAUGUGAAUGGGAAUGUACCUGUGGGUUGUUCUUGUUUGAAGUUACUCAAAGCAGGUGUUGAUGACCUUAAUCGUCAGCUUCCUUUAGAGGUUCCGCCGAUUCGGGUUGAAGAGACUUCACAUGCAGCCAGAUUGCACGGUUCACAUGGUCAAGAUGUUUACAGCAUUUCAAUGUUGCAUGAGGAAGGUGAAACUGCAAAUUAUGCUUCGCCGCUAGCUUUCUUAAGCAUCCUACAGGUUCCUGAUCAAGCUAAAAGCUCGGCUUGUUUAGAUGUUGACCUAGAUUGCCAAAACUGCUUUGAUUUUCAAAUGAAAGGCGAUGAGUAUUCUGAGUGCGUAAUUGAUAUACCUAGUGUGAAUGGAAACUCAGUUUCACCUGAAUCCCAUGAAGAGGGCGUUGAAACUUUUAAAACCGGGAACUCCCCAACUAGUGUACUGUGGAGAGAAUCAAGUUUGAAAUCAGGUGGAAAGCAACUGCAAAGUCUGAUGAGCUUCAAUUCAAGAGAUAAACCAGUCAGUGAGAAGUUACAUGAUUUACCAAGUAACAGAUGGAGAAGAUAUAAGCGUGCAGCUUCAUUUGAUUCCAGAAAAGUUGCUCUUCUGUUUUCAAUAUUGUCAAGCUUUGGAACAUUGGUUUUGAUAUAUCUGACGUUGAGGGUUAGGCAGAAGGCUGAAGGCUUUCUUAUUUGAUGCUCUGAUAUUCGGUGCCUUUAAGUGUGUGUAAACUUCCAUGGCUGUUUAAUAUGAACUUUGAAUUGUAGUAGGGGUGCUUAUGAUACUCAAGUUAUAUUGAAAAUGUUGUUCGGGAUAAGAUUUGAUGAUUGAGGUCUACGUUUUCCUAAAACCCCAGUUUUAAUUGAAUCAUCCGCCGAAAAUUAUAGUUGCCUGAAAGGGAAUAUUCUCUCAACUUUUUUCUCAAUUGUUAAAUUUUGUAUGACUGAAUGGUGCGAGAUUAUAUUUUACAAGAUCAAUUGAGAAAAAAAAUGAGAAAAUUUAUUUUUCCAUGGAACAAGUCUUCCGCAAAGAUGGUAAAAACAAGGCAUGAAA